AUGUGUUACGAGCCAAUUGCUUUCGGACUAGCUGCGAUCGUGUUUCUUCUCGGAGUUAUGGGAAACUUCCAGGGUGCAUGGUUUUUGGACGACCACCACGGGGGUCUGUGGAAAUACUGCCCUGGAAAAGUGUUUCCGGUCAACACUGUGCUCAAAAAUGUGAAGCCCGGUCAAGAUUUGUACAUGAAGGGGGAUUGUUUCAAGUACACCAAAGACGUAUCUGAGAAAUUCUACGGGCAGAAAUGGGCAGAGGUUACAGUAGCUAAGGUCUGUGUGAUAGGGGGCAUAAUUCUAGCAGUGCCCAUCUUCAUCAUGGUGGGUCUGCAGAUCUGCCACAAAGUGCCCUUCUGGGCAGGGGGGCUGUUCGGCUGUGUCCAGUUCAUCUGUUUCCUGAUAGGGGCCACAAUGAUGACUCACGGGUUUGUCACAUCAGUCGAUAAAGUGAAAGGGUUACAGGUCGGUUUCGAUACAGUGGCUAUCUGGUUGGCAGCUCUCUUCUCUCUCGCUUGUACUAUAAUCAUGUUCACCUCCAAGUGUCUAUGCUGGGACAGACUGAGGGGUCAGCCGAGGGGGGAGGAGGAUAAAGAGAGAAGGGUGCUGGAUGGGUCCCAGGCAGAGCAGGGCGAGGGGGGCAGUAGCGCUAACAGGCCCCCAGCAGACGAGAGUUCAACAAAGGCUACAACCCUCAAAGCCCCUAGUGAAACAACCUCUCUCGCCCGAGCACGAGAGAAGGACGAGAAACCAAGCAGCAGUCUCGGAUCCGACUUGGCAAGUCGUCGCUCGAGUCAAAGUGUCGACUACAUGCCCCGAGUAGCCGAAACAACUCGACGGGGCACUAAGCCCACAGACGGAAAAGCCGACGAGGAGUCUAAGUCAUACGUCGGCUCAACGGGCAGUUCGGCUCUGCAAAGCUCCGACUCUAAAGUGGACAGACGAAAGCGACAGUCGAGAACGACUCGCGGAAGCAGGUCGGUUGACAAGUCGGAUGUUUCCCGAAGUGUUGUCGGAUCCAGGGCAAUAACCAAAAAAGGAAGUGUGAAUCCCUCGCAAAAUACGAAACAGGACUCGGAUGUUUCAAGAAGUGUAGUCGGUUCCUCGAAAGCUCCGACGUCUAAAAAAGGAAGCGUUAUGGACUCGCAAGCGUCGUCGAAAGGUGUUGUCGCAUCGACCCGAAAACCUAGCGAACGCAGAGGAACUAACAAAGAAAGCACUAUUCGCGAGGAAAGUUUGAGAGACGCCAAUGAAAAUGAAGAUAUGAACGAACUCUCAACUGAUGAAUCGCGGCUAAGUUCGGACGAAGAAAAUCUCAGCCGAAAGAAAUCAAGUCGCAGAAAAUAAAUCUAUGAGGCGGGCUAAUUAUAAAAAAAGAAACCCUAGAAUCGACGUUUUUAUGUUUAAUUAAUCUAUAUAUGAAAAAUAGAAGGUAAAAAUGGCUGAAGGAAAUAAACUAAAUUUCAAUUAUUUUCAGUAAAAAAUUAGAAGUUGCUAAUCAAAAUUGAUUGAUAUGUAAAUUAUUGUGAUUUAUUGGCUAGAUAUUAUCACAGCUGAAAUCUUAAACAAAAAUAAAUGAAAAAAUAACACUUUUGAAUUAUUUCGAAUAUUUUUAUUAUAUCGGAAAAAGUUUUUUAAUAGCUGUAAA